AAUGGGAAUAAUUCAACUUCACUCAUCUCCAAUUUCAUCGUCAUCUUCUCAGCCUACUUUUCAGUCUUAUAGUUACUCUCUCUCAUCUUAACCAUUUUAACAACAUCCCCAUGACAGUCAAGGGUGGUUCUCGCCCCGCUUGCGCCGCCUGUCGCUUCCAACGCCGCCGCUGCUCCGCCGACUGUCCUCUAGCCCCAUUCUUUCCGGCCAACCAACCCAAACUCUUCCAAAACGUCCACAGUCUUUACGGUGUCGGUCACAUCUUAAAGAUUCUAUCUCAACUAGAAGAUGAUGAACAAAAAGAAGAAGCCAUGAAAUCCAUUCAAUAUGAGUCAAACAUACGUCAGAUUCAUAAGGUGCAUGGGUGUUAUGGGUUGAUUGUUCACUUGCAGCAAAAGAUGGUGGAGUCGGUUCAAGAACUGCGGCAUCUUCGCCUUUUGAUCGAUGCAUAUCGAAGAAAGAAUGUUAAUGUGGUGCAAAGUGAUGUUGCUGGAUCAAGUGAUUGGGUUAGUGGGAUGAUUAAUGGAGGGGGUGAUUUAGGGUUUUAUUAUAAUGUGGGUGAUCAUAAUGUUGGGUAUGAGAAUUGGGAUGAUCAAACGAAAACCGCUAUCGAUGAGUUUCAACAGUUUUGUAGCGUUGGUGAUGAUCAAGAGAGUUCAGGUUAUAAAGAAACUAUGGCGGGUUCGAGUUCGUUUGUUGAUGAUCAACAGGCUUUUUUGGGAUCUAAAGAACCUUAUGAUAUGAAUAUGGAAUCAUUGUUGAAGGAUACACCAUAUGUCAAUGAGCCUGGAGAGUUAAAACCUGAAAGAUGAUGAAAAAAUGUUUCGGGCUUAGGGUUGUCGAUUAUUCGAUUCAUAGCAGUGUUUGAUUUCUUGUGAUUAAACGAAAAUAGCGUGUGCACGAUCAAGAUCUCCUCGAUCGGCGAGUUAAGCAACGAGUUUCGUGUUUGGUUUAUAUUGAUUGUUGUUUAAGUAGCAAAACCCUAGUUUUUGUGAUUUUGAUAGUUGGUUGUGUUUAUGAUUGUACUUUACGUUUAUUGUGGUUUUAUGGUGUAAUAGAUAGAUGUGGUUACAUGGUUCAUUAAUUUAGGGUUUAUGUGGUUGAGUAAACUGAUCAAACAAAUGAACAAUACAAUUCAGUUGA